CCUUAUCACCCAACGCUGUGAAGAACUCGGAAGUGACGAGGCCUUGGUCACACGGACACACAGGCUCUCCAGUCAGUGCUGCUGUGGCGGCGAGAGGAGUAGUUUGGUUUCUGUGUCUUGCUCGGCGAAAAGGGUACAGCUGAAACAUGAAUACUGAAGAAAGAAUUAAGGCAUGCCAUAGCUUGAUAACGGAGGAGGCGGUAAAGGAGGCCCUGAAGGCGCACAAGGGCGGCGAGGCGAGACUCACCUCCUGGCAGAUCAAGGACUUCACCAGCAAGGGCGACAACUACGCGUCUGUGGUGUCCAGCGUCGAGGUGGAAUUCAACCUCAAUGGCAACGACGAACGCAUAAGUUACAUCGUGAAGAUCAACCCUUGCCAUGGCAUGCAAAACUUCGAGGAAAUGACACACACGAUUUUCCUCAAAGAGGCGGAAUUCUACAUCAAGGUGCUGCCUCAGCUGAAUGAGGUCUUACAGGAACAUAACCUCAGCCCAUUGGCAAUGCCGGAGUGUCACUACGGCACUCUGGAGAAGAAGAAGGAGCUGAUUUUCCUGGAGGAUUUGAGGCCUCGAGGCUUCAAGAUGUUCGACCGUCGGAAGGGACUGGACGUCGCGCACGCGAGCCUCGUGUUAAGAGAGCUGGCCAAACUUCACGCUGCCUCAUUACUACUGCAGAAGAAAGACCCCGAGUAUUUCAAAGACACACUUUUGCACAAAGGCUGGAUAAACAUGACGGAAGAUGGAUUAGGUAUCUUGAAGAUGUUCGAAGGAGUCGUAGAUACGGGAAUACUCAUGUUAAAGAAGGUGGGCGGGUAUGAGUCAUGCAUUACCUGGGCUGAAAGUACUAAAUCAAAGUUGCAAGAGAUUUUUGAGAAGCAAUUGGAGCCAUGCAAAUAUCAAGUCAUAUGUCAUGGCGACGCCUGGAACAACAACCUGCUUUUCAAAUACAACGAAGAGGGCAUUCCUGCAGAAGUGAUGCUGAUCGACCUGCAGGUGUCUCGACGGGAAUCCUUCGCCGUGGACCUCAACUACUUCUUGUACACGAGCCUCACGGGUGCCGUCAGGAAGCCCAACCUGGACGCCCUCCUGGAGACGUACCGAGGCAGCUUCAACGCCGUGAUGGAGGCCGGAGGAGCAGGGGGCGGGGGGCGUCUCAGCGAGGCCGAAGUCCUGCAGGAAUUCCGGAACUUCAACGUCUUAGGGGCCAUCUUCAACAUGAUGAUCAUAGGCGCCUUGCUGAUGGAGCCGGAGGACGUGCCUGACUUCCAGACGACGGGGAACGAUGUGGACGACCUGGAGAGGGCCAUCGUGGAGCUCCGAGUGAAGUCCCUGGACAUGAUUGACAAGAAUCCCCUCAUGCGACCGCGGUUCCUCUCUGUGUUCGACGAGUUAAUGGAGGUCGGGCACAUCCCCAAGUGAGGAGCGCAGGGGGACCAGGGCGAUCGAUCCUUAUUAUUCUUCACUUUUCUUUUUUACUUCUAUGCCUUAUGGAAUCUACUGAGAAAACAGUUGUUCUCGUGGUUCAGAUUCGUGUCUAAAUGUUGCUGUUUUCUUGAGCGUUCCUGUUGUUGUUGUUUUUUUUUUCUAUACAGAUAUUUCAUACGUAUCGAUACAAAAGGAAGGCAACUUAAAUGCAGAUGUAUCUAUGUUAUAUAGCAAAUUUACUUAUAUCUUUGUUAUAUAAUGUAAACAAGAUUUAUCAUGAAAUGAUUCAUGAACUUAAAAUAAUAAAAUCAUCAUUUAUUUUAA